AUGGAGUUAUGUGAAUUCCCUAAACUAAGGGGUCUCAAGAAGCUACAACAUCUCAACCUAUCAUACAACCGUUUUUCAGGUGAGGCUCCUUUAACAUUAUUGACAAAUCUAACUCAACUUGUGGUGUUGAACAUUUCCAAUAACCAAUACAUUAGUGGUCCAAUUCCACAAGAACUAAGCAAACUGGAGAGACUUGUCACGUUGGACUUGAGUGCCAACGCGUUCAGCGAAGGCAUUCCAUUGAUCUUGGGUCAAAUGAGCAGUCUCACACACAUGAAACUUUCCAAUAAUCUCCUGUAUGGGGAUCUUCCUUUCACACUGGCAAAUGUAACUCAACUUCUUGUGUUGGACCUUUCCCAAAACAAACUUAGUGGCUUCAUUCCUCAUGAAAUAGGGAAAUUAACAAAUUUAUUAACCUUAGACCUGAGUUCAAAUUCCCUGUCUGGUCCAAUUCCUGAGCAAAUUGGGUACUUGAAGCGUUUGACAAGUCUCCACCUUCAUUCAAAUUUGCUUAGUGGUUCUAUACCUUCAAAUAUAGGACUUUUGACCCGUUUGGAAGGCUCACCAUUGGAUCCA